CAUUUUUGGAUUGGUGCUGUGCUUGAAAAUGAUACCCAGUUUGGCCAGCUCUUAUUCCCAUCCACUUCGCAUACUGACAAAAUUCAACCUAGAGAGAGAAACAAACAAAGUUUACUCAAAGAGAAAAUCUAGAAAGAAAGAGACGGGGGAGAGAGAGACGGGGGAGAGAGAGAGAGAAUGGGAGAGAGCGGGCUCUGUUACCUCUGUAUUUCAGAAAAUACCAUAUUCCUCUGAUUCUACCAAGGAAAAACAAAUUGAUGACGACAAAAACAACCUCUUGUUCUGUCACACGCAGCCAUGGAAAAUUCCUUCAACACAUGACCUUUAAUUCCAAUACCCACUUUGCAUCAAAACCCUGCAUAAAUCUGAUAACCUCUUUGAUGGAUUGAGUGAGUCGUCAAGCUUUGAGAUUUUCUCGGGGGUUUUCUGGAUUUUUGAUCAAUUUGAAAACCCAGUUGGGAACUUAAAGGUGGUGGUGUACUUGAACAGUUCUCAAGGAGGAACGUUUUCUGGUAAUUUCUCCUGUUUCUGUUUCAUGAGUCUGAUCCCUUUGAUGAAUUCUGGAAAAUAAUACACCUUCCCGCUGGAGGAUGCCUUCGAUUUUUGUAUACUAGAUUUUCCAUUCCAAUUGCUCAGAACUUGCUCAUAGUUGUUUAUGGCUGGAACGUUUCAAGAUGAUGGGUCUUCUUUAAAUUCUUCACCCCUCUUUCCAUGGAUGUCACUAUCUCCUGGGUCAGGAUCACCAUACUCCUGGCCCAAGGAGCUGAAAACUGAGGAGGGGGGUUUGUAUUUGAUACAGCUUCUUCAAGCCUGUGCUUACCAUGUGGCUGCUGGUAGUAUUGAGAAUGCUGAUAUUGGCCUUGAGCAUAGUUCCCAUCUUGCCUCUGCCGAUGGCAAUGCAAUGCAGCGAAUUGCUGCAUACUUCGCUGAGGCACUUGCUGAUAGGAUGCUUAAAGCCUCACGGCCUGGCCUGCAUAAAGCCCUCACUUCAACAAAAAUAUCAUCUCUGUCUGAGAAGGUUUUUGUUCAAAAACUGUUCUUUGAGCUCUGCCCGUUCCUAAAGGUUGCAUAUGUGGUCACAAAUCAAGCGAUUAUAGAAGCUAUGGAGGGGGAGAAGAUGGUUCAUAUUAUUGACUUAUAUUCAUUUGAACCAGCCCAGUGGAUUGAUUUUCUUCAGACAAUAAGUGCACGGCCAGAAGGCCCACCCCAUUUGAGAAUUACAGGAAUUCAUGAACAUAAAGAGGUAUUGGAGCAAAUGGCUCUUCGGUUGACUGUAGAAGCCGACAGGUUGGACAUCCCGUUUCGAUUCAUUCCUAUAUUGAGCAAAUUAGAGGAUCUUGAUCUUGAAAGUUUAGGGGUAAAGACAGGUGAAGCACUUGCUGUCAGCUCUGUACUUCAACUACAUUCUCUCUUGGCUGCUGAUGAGGAAGUCCUCAGAAGGAACUCUCCGUCGUUAUCAAAGAUCCAUCCCAAAGUUUUCCACCUGGACCAGAGGACUUUACGAGAGUUCCUUGAGAAGGAUCCGAUCAAUGUGUACAUGGCCAGUCCUGAUUCUGCCUCCACAUCAUCCCCAUAUUCUCCAAGUGCUUCCCCAAGAAUGAGGACCUUUCUAAAUUCUCUUUGGGCGCUCUCCCCAAAACUAAUGGUAGUGACUGAGCAGGAAGCAAACCACAAUGGUUUUACUUUAAUGGAGAGGGCUAUUGGAGCAUUGCAUUUCUAUGCUGCUCUCUUUGAUAGUUUGGAGUCUACCGUGUCAAGAUUACCGAUGGAGCGACAAAAGAUUGAGAAGACACUUUUUGGAGAGGAAAUUAAAAACAUCAUAGCAUGUGAGGGAGCAGAGAGAAAGGAAAGGCACGAAAAACUUGAGAAAUGGAUUGCGAGGCUCGAGUCAGCCCGUUUUGGGAGGGUGCCUUUUAGCUAUCACUGUAGGUUGCAAGUGAGUAGACUUCUGAAGAGCUAUGGUGAUAAUGGGUACAAUAUCAAAGAUGAGAAUGACUGUUUGGUUAUCUGCUGGAACGAUAGGCCCCUCUUUUCGGUAUCAGCCUGGAGAUUCAGAAAGUGACACUGAGAUUAGUUGCUAUGUUGGGACUGACUGUUCUUUUCUUCUUGUUCCUUUUUUAUUGGCAAGUGCCGUUUCUUCUACUGCUUCAUGCUCUCUUUUCGUUUUCUUCUGUGUAUAAAGGGAUGUUAUGUUUUCAGUCUUCUGCGACUGCAUACUGACGGAAAGGAAUCGAGAACUUCAUUCUCUGUUCCAAAAAUUCUGUUGUUUUUUCAUUGGUUUUAGUUUCCUUUGUAUAAGUUGAUGUUUUGUAUGUUAUGGCCGAAA